AUGCUGCAGUUCGUGGCGGAGAGCAUGAAGGCGCCGCUGGCGGCCCUGCAGGCGCUGGCGGAGCGAGCGCAGCGCCCCGAGCACGACCAGCGCCCCACGCUGGAGGAGAUCGUGGAGGCGCUGGGCGAGAUGCUGCGCCUCUGCCAAUCGCCACAACUGAGGCUAGCCGCAUCAGAGCAACAACUCACGCAGACAGCUCAGCAUAAGGAAGCCAAGCCGAGCGGAAGCCUUUUAGCUUUUGAGCGCAGACUUGGCCAACAGCGACAGGAUAAGGGGAAGGAGGUGCGCCUCGGGAAGGGCAAGUACGGGCGCGUGGUGCGCGUGAGCUACAAGGGCAAGGAGUGCGCCCUCAAGCUGGCCGCCCCCGGCUCCAAGGUGGUGUUCGAGCACGAGAUGGAGAUGCUGAGGCGGCUGCAGGGCGCGGGGGGAGCGCCCAUGGCCUUGGCGUACAGUGAGGAUCCGUCGUGCCUCCUGAUGACGUACCUGGGCAAGGAGUGCCUGGCCGACGUGCUGAGUGCGCAGCGCAGCCAGAAGCAGCUCCUGCAGCUGAGCGUGAAGCUGAUGGAGGCCGUGGCGGCCGUGCACGCCGCCGGCAUCGUGCACUGCGACCUGAAGCCCACCAACGUGAUGGUGCAGCUGCGCGGCGCAGCAGGAACGCCGUCGGUGCACAUCAUCGACUUCGGGAUGGCACUUCCCGUGGGCCAGUGCCAUCCCGAGAGCAGCAAAGGGCGGCAGUCGUGGUACUGCGCGUGCGUGCACCAAGGCACGCCGCUGACGGAGUAG